UUAGCCUGCUAGCAGGAAGUAGACGGAUCCGACCGUAACCUAACAACACGGCGAACAUCAGCGCCAACAAACCGAUUUUAACGGAGUGAUUUUAGUCAAAAUGUCCAAACUUGAAAUGCUGAGAGAUUUUGUCAACCAGCGACUAACUGCGGCUGCUGAGGAGAUUUUUGGGCAGUUUGAAAGGACGAUAGCAGAGUACGAGGAGGAGCUGGAGAUACACCGACAACAACGGAAACUACCGGAGCCUGUCCGGUUACGCACAGCAGACGUCCAGCAGCUGUUGGUUGUUAGAGGAGAUGUCCUCCCCUUCAGUGUGGACCAGGAGGACCCAGAGCCCCCACACAUUAAAGAGGAGCAGGAGGAGCUGUGGAGCCGUCAGGAGGGAGAGCAGCUUGAAGGGCUGGAGGAGGCUGAUAUCAAGUUCACAUUCACUUCUGUCCCUGUGAAGACUGAAGAAGACGAUGAAGACAAAGCUCAGUCCUCACAGCUUCAUCAAAGACAAACUGAACAGAUGGAAACUGGACUGGACUGUGGAGGACCAGAACCAGACAGGAACUUACAUCCAGAUACACAUUUACAACCAGUUAGUGAAGAUGAGACUUCACACUCUGAACCAGACACUGAUGACAGCAGAGACUGGAAGGAGACUCAGGAACCUCAGUCAGGUUUAAACUCUCUGAAAAACAGUGAAUCACCAGUUAGCUCCUCUGAAUGUGCCGGAAGCUUCGACCACAAGAAACAUCUGCAGGAAGAAACUGAAAUCCAAACAGGAGAGAAACCAUUUAGUUGCUCCAUUUGUGGUAAAACAUUCACUCAGAAGAGGUUGUUGCAGUAUCACUUAAGACUUCACUCAGAGGGAAAGAGGUUCAGCUGCUCCAUUUGUAAAGUAAAGUUCAAUUUCAGAAGCAAUUUGGUUACACACAUGAGAAUCCACACAGGGGAGAAACCAUUUAGUUGUUCAUAUUGUGACAAAAGAUUCUCAGUAACAGAACACCUGAGACAGCACUUGAAAAUCCACACAGGGGAGAAACCAUACAGCUGCCCGUUUUGUAGCGUAAGGUUCGCUGCCCAGGGAAAUCUGAAGCGACACCUGCUUGUCCACACAGGAGAGAAACCAUUUGGUUGUUCAGUUUGUGGCAAAAGAUUUGCUCACAAAGGAGAUAUGAGGCGACACUCGUACAUCCACUCAGGAGAGAAACCGUUCAGUUGUUCAGUUUGCGGUAAAAGUUUCACUCAAAAGACAGAUUUGAGCCGACACUUGUAUGUUCACACGGGGGAGAAACCAUUUAGUUGUUCAGUUUGUGGGAAAAGUUUUACACAAAAGGGAACUCUGAAACAACACAUGAUUGCUCACACAGGAGAGAAACAAUUUAGUUGCAGCGUUUGCAAUAAAAGAUUUGUUCGUCUCUGUAAUUUCAAAAGACACAAGUGUGCUGGUGAGAGCAGCAGCAAAGAGUGAAGCUGCAGCUUGUUGAAGCAUUUUUUACUCGUAGCAUUGAAGUACUGAGAUUAAGAUUUAACACUUAUUAGCUGGAACUGCCAGAUUUAAGCUGAUACAGCCUCCACCAUUAGCCCUGUAAGCUAAGAUGAAGCUGCAUCAUCAUUGUAAUUAACCCUUUGGGGCUGUUUGGCUCAUUUUAGGUGCAUAUUAUGGCAUUCAUUUUGACAAGAUUGUGUACUUGAGUGUAAUCAGUGAAUUUGCAGCUCAGCUCCUACAAUA